UGGUGGCAGGCGGGGGCCUCCUAUAGCCCUCAGGACGUUUUAUCUGUGGGCCCUCCAAUCGCGUCAUAAGUCGGCGACUGAGCCUUGGCGGUGGUGGCCGAGGCGGCGAAGGCGGCAGCGGCGGCGACAGCUCUGGGGUUUGCUUCUCGGGGUGUGUCGGCCGCCGCUGCUGCUUGGGCCUGGUAUGUACAAAUGGCUGGUUAGGAUUCUCGGCACCAUUUUCCGUUUCUGUGACCGGCCGGUGCCCCCUGCCCGGGCCCUCCUGAAGAGGCGGCGCUCGAACAGCACUUGUUUUCUACAGUGGGACACUGAUGAAAUACCAGCCAAAAGACCAAGAUUAGAUUAUUUCAUUCACCAAGUGAAAACCAGUCUCUACAAUGCUGCCAGUUUAUUUGGAUUCCCAUUCCAGCUGACCACAAAGCCCAUGGUAACUUCUGCUUGUAAUGGAACACGGAAUGUGGCCCCUUCAGGAGAGGUAUUUUCGAAUUCUUCAUCUUGUGAACUGACAGGUUCUGGAUCCUGGAACAACAUGCUGAAACUGGGUAAUAAAUCUCCUAAUGGAAUAAGUGACUAUCCAAAGAUCAGAGUGACAGUAACCCGAGAUCAGCCUCGCAGAGUCCUGCCUUCCUUUGGUUUUACUUUGAACUCAGAAGGGUAUAGUAGAAGACCCGGUGGCCGUCGCCACAGCAAAGGCCCUUCAGAAAGUUCUUUAACCUGGAAGCCUCAGGAACAGGUUGUAACAGAGAUGAUUUCUGAAGAGGGUGGCAAGGGUCUGAGGCGUCCCCACUGUACUGUGGAGGAGGGUGUUCAGAAAGAGGAAAGGGAGAAAUACCGAAGGUUAUUGGAGCGACUUAAAGAAGGUGGUCAUGGAAACUCUGUUCCUUCUGUAACUUCAACUUAUCACAGCUCUCAAAGAAGUCACAUGGACACAUUAAAGACCAAAGGCUGGGGGGAAGAGCAAAGUCACGGAGUCAAAACAACUCAGUUUGUUCCAAAACAAUAUAGAGUUGUUGAAACAAGGGGACCUCUAUGCUCAGUGAGAAGUGAGAAGAGGUGUUGUUCAAAGGGGAAAAUUUCUGAUACAGAGAGGACAGUUGGACUCAGACUUGAAAAUGAAGGUAGGAGGGGACACCAACUGGAACCUGACCUAUCCGAAGAGGUGUCGGCCCGACUCCGCCUGGGCAAUGGGAGCAAUGGCUUACUCAGGAGGAAAAUGUCAAUACUUGAGACAAAAGAAAAACAUUGCUCGGGCAAAGAGAGGGAUAAAAGGAUGGAUGAUCUUCUUGAACUUACAGAGGACAUGGAAAAGGAGAUCAGUAAUGCCCUAGGUCAUGGCCCACAGGAUGAGAUCCUAAGUAGCGCUUUCAAGUUGCGAAUCACUCGAGGAGAUAUACAGACCUUGAAGAACUAUCAUUGGCUCAAUGAUGAAGUCAUUAAUUUUUACAUGAAUCUUCUGGUGGAAAGAAACAAAAAACAAGGGUAUCCAGCACUUCAUGCAUUCAGUACUUUUUUCUAUCCCAAAUUAAAGUCUGGUGGUUACCAAGCAGUGAAAAGAUGGACCAAAGGGGUCAAUCUCUUUGAACAGGAACUUAUUCUGGUGCCUAUUCAUCGGAAGGUACAUUGGAGCCUGGUGGUGAUAGACCUACGAAAAAGGUGUCUCAAAUAUCUGGAUUCUAUGGGACAAAAGGGCCACAGGAUCUGUGAGAUUCUCCUUCAGUAUUUACAGGAUGAAAGUAAGACCAAAAGAAAUACUGAUCUAAAUCUUUUAGAGUGGACCCACUACAGCAUGAAGCCACAUGAGAUUCCUCAACAGUUAAAUGGGAGUGAUUGUGGAAUGUUUACUUGUAAAUAUGCAGAUUAUAUCUCUAGGGACAAACCUAUCACAUUUACUCAGCACCAGAUGCCUCUCUUCCGGAAGAAGAUGGUGUGGGAAAUCCUUCAUCAGCAGUUGCUGUGAGAAUGCCCCGCCCGGUCCCUCUAGCUGCUGGUGGUUCUUUCACGGAGGACGGAUGUUUCCAUAUACCUCAUGCAUCGUGGGUUCAACAGUCCCCGCAUCGCCCCUGCUGGCUCACAGGUACUGGGCUGUAGGACGCGCACGCAGGCCUCUCCCUGCACCCUGGGCCCGACUUCGUGCGUGGACCCUGUGUGUGAGCCUGUGCCUGCUCAGAGCCCUGGACUAUUCAACCCACACAAGAACAAACGCUAAUUAAUACUUUUUUUUUUAAGAUUUUUUUUUUCCCUAUGAAUGUGGGAAAUGCAGGAUUUAUUCUAUGAUUUGUUUUUUGUGUGUUUGUUCACGUGUGUUCAUUCGCUCACUCAUUUACAAACAUAAUGGCAGUGGCUGUUUGCUGCUGCUCCACAGUUAACUCUGAAUUACCUGUUUGAACUAUUUAUUUUUGAAAGGAAUGUUAAUCAAGCUCCACUCCCAGCUGAAGAUCAGGAGGGGAAUCAGUGGGGGGAGGAAGGAAGUGUUAAUUAACUUCCCGAAGGCUGGAGCAGAAACUGCCAACUUGAAGCUGGAGCUCUCGUUCUUGAGGCUUGGAAGUGCGGGAGAGGAGAAAGAAACGCCUUCUCCUUGGGUAGGGCUCUCAUUGCCUUUCAGAGGACGUCUGACACUACGGCCUUGGCCUGGGGGCGUGGAAAAUGGACCGGUGGCCUAGGAACUCUGGCGAUCCAGGAGUUUUCAGAAGAGUGGUGGUCAUCCUAAAGAGACUGCUCUUUCUGGGAAUGAGCUGACUUGGCUACUCUUGAAACUGGAUUUGAAGUAACUAUAAACCCUAAAGCUUAAUUUUCAUCCCAGAUCUGGUUGAGUAUAAACCUCAGAAUUGUAAGGGCUGGCCUGGGCUGUUAUUUCAAGAGAUACUAUUCAAUGUAAAAGCUAUUUUUCCUCAAAGUUUGUUUUUUUUUCUAUAUAUAAAGCCGAAAUUAAGUUUUGUACUCAUUAGGAUUUACAUCCCCCCCCAUUCCACCCCCACGGAAAUUUGGAAGAAAAUUUAGUACUUGGCUGUGAGGCUGCCAGUUAUACAAUAAUCUAUUUUGCAUAUGAAAGUUUGUAUUUAACUUUUUUGUUCAUUAAAAACUUUACAGUGGUUACGCAUUUUUAAUUUCAGAAAGUUUAGAGUUGGUCAGAACAUAUUUUGCAAGAUCUAGUGCCUAGUGUUGCUUUUUCCGAUGUAAUAAAGGUUGUCUGGCAGAACCUGAAAA